AUGGCUAUGGAGAAGAAAAUUUCAACAGAGAUAAUUGAUAUAGAGAAACUUCCAGAUCAUGUGGUGAUAGAGAUAUUGAUAAGAACAAGAGUGAAUGAUUGGACACACAUAUCAUGUGUCAAGAAGCAGUGGGCUUCUCUUUUCCAAACUGAAUGUUUCUGGCAAGCUGCUCUUUCUCACAUCUAUCCUUCUCAAGCAUGCCCUGGACCUAUUCCUCCACCCUUAGCCAAGAGGAGAUUCAUGGCCUUACAUAUAAGUCAACAGAUAUUAGGUUGCGAUAAUGAUAUACAAGUAGAUGAGAUUGUUGGACAGAGUUAUCUGUUUUUGAAAGAGCAGCUUCAACUUUCUAAUAUGUCUCCUCAUAGUGGAAUACUUCAUGGAACCAUCAUUGAUCAGUUUCUUACUUGUGGCAAAUCAAGAGAUGUAGCUCAUGAACUUUCAUCUAUGGUUUGGCUUGCUGUUAUUGAUAGUUUGGAAGAAAACCACCACACCUUUUGCUUACUUAAACGCCUUGCACACGAAGGGGAUCAGGUUUUUCUUCCACAUCCUUACGCUACAUCUGUCAAAGUUCAAUGGAGGGUGUUUGAGAAACUUUUUACUGAUUUUCGUGAUUGCUUCAACCAUAUAGAAUAUUAUGAUAUGUUGGCAUGUGCUAAAAGUAGGUUUCAGCCAAUACCAUCUACUUGGUUAGGUUAUUAG